GUGGCGAUUUUAUAGAUAGAAAAAGUCGCCACGAUGAUUGAAGAAGGUAACCCACUUUUUGUUGCCACCGAAAAAAUAGAAUCUUCACUUUCUCUUACGGGUUCCUUACGUCUGUGAAAAUCAUGAAUGUAAAAAGCUAUAAGCUGAAAAAAAAAUCUCGUCUAGCAUAGUAGAUGAGUUAGGAAAUCCGAUUCGGAAUAAUUCCGAAAUGUGCUCUAAAUUUGUACAUCAUUUAUCAUAUUAAUCUUGCUUUAAUAUUUGUGAAAUAUAUUCAUUGAUUUUAGUUUUUUUGCAAACUUCUUACACACGUUUUGUCGAAUUGUAUGGCAAGAAGUGUUUUAAAAUUAUGUGAAAGCUUAAUUUCUUGAAACUGUUUACUUGAUACAGAUCUUGUUUGUAUGGCACAAUUAUCUUCAUACAUUAGGGAAUCUUCAUUAUGAAUCUAAAGACAGACAUUGUCAUUGCAAAUAUUAUUUAGAAUUUCCUUGUACUCAUGACUAUGCAUUUAAAACUUAUGUUUUAAAGUUAUUUCGGCAGUUUGUGUUAAAGUGUCUAAAAUUGAAAACAGUCUCAGGAAAUCUCUUCAUAAUGUUUGUGUGAAAAGUUGUGUUAUUCAUGAAGUAAAGGGAGUAUGCUAUUUGAGCUAUGUUUGUCAUAGAAAAAUAAUGGUUUGCCAAAGCAAUUUCGUUUUUAGACAAACAUAAAAAAUUUUUUAUUUUGUUAGCCUGCUAAGCAAUUAACAAUAGUAUAGAUUAGGAUAUCUAAAUUUUUAUGAAGCAUAUUUGAUUAAUUUUUUGUUCACACUAUUUUAAAUAAGUUUCAAAAUCAUAUUUCUUAGUUUGUUUUUGAAAUUUAAUGUAAUUGGUCUGAUAAAUUUACCAUUUAAAGCUUAAGUAAUUAUCACAUUUAUGUGACAUUAUUUUCAACUUAAAUUAGUUUCAACAAUUUUAUUUAAAUGCACGCAUUUUUACACAAGGUGAUAUGAAAUGAACAAAGACUAAUAUUUCUAAGUAUUAGACGACCAUUCAUGUUGGAUUCUAGUGUAAGAUGUAUGUAAUAAGAGUUUUUCACAAAAAAGUAAUCUAACUGAUACUGGUUAAUAACCUGACUCUUGUAAUUAUACUUAAUAAGAGUUUUGCGCAAAGAAGUAAUGUGACUGAAUACAGUCAUGUUCAUAUUGGCGUGAGGCCUCAUUCUCGUAGCAUAUUCAAUGAGAAUUUUUCCCAUAGAAGUGACAUGACUAAGCGCAAUCAUGUUCACAUUGGUGAAAAACUUUUUUCCUGUGAUAUAUGUAAUAAGAGUUUUUCAAACAGAAGUAAUCUGACUAAUCAUAGUUAUGUUCAUACUGGUGAGAAACCUUAUUCUUGUAGUAUAUGUAAUAAGAGUUUUUCACAACGUAAUCAUCUGACUAGACACAAUCUUAUUCACACUGGUGAGAAACCUUUUUCUUGUAGUAUAUGUAAUAAGAGUUUUUCACGAAAAAGUAUUCUGACUGUACACUAUCGUGUUCACACUGGUGAGAAACCUUUUUCCUGUAGUAUAUGUAAUAAGAGUUUUUCAAACAAAAGAUAUCUGAAUAAACACAGUUAUGUUCAUACUGGUGUGAAGCCUCAUUCUUGUAGCAUAUGCAAUAAGAGUUUUUCCCACAGCAGUGACAUGACUAGACACAAUCGUGUUCACACUGGUGAGAAGCUUUAUUCUUGUAGUAUAUGUAACGUAAGUUUUUCAAGCAGAGGUAGUCUGACUUCACACGUUUAUGUUCAUAGUGGUGAGAAGCCUUAUACUUGUAAUAUAUGUAACAAAAGUUUUUCACAAAGAGCUCGACUGACUAGACACAAUCGUGUUCACACUGGUGAGAAACCUUAUUCUUGUAGUAUAUGUAAUAAGAAAUUUUCACACAAAAGUAAUAUGACAAAGCAUUUUCGUGUUCAUACUAGUAAGAAUCCUAAUUCUUGUUGUUAAUUCUUUGAGUUUAUAAAGGAAUUUUAUGCUCAUUGUUCUGUUCAUACUACUAAGUUUAUUCAUAUAAUGUUUAAAUGAUAGUGUAAUCUGUUUACAAGUGUAAUAUUAUGUUCAUAAAGAUAGUACAACCUGAUAAAUAAACCUGUGCACAAUUAUUUUCAUUUUAGUAAGAAAUCUCACCAAUGUCUCACAUAAUGUAACAAGUUUCAUAGAAAAAUAUUUUAACUGUCUGCAAAUUUGUCCAGGGCAACUACUUUUAAGUACAAAUUGAAAGUUGGUUGUGUUAAGGUAGGGUGACCCGGGGUAAUUCACGAUCACUCUGUUUCUGGGGUAAAUAAUAAUCACCUAAGUUUUAUUU